AUGGAGGAGCAGGAGGAGCAGGAACAAGGUGCCAAAAAGGAGCCUGCUCGGCAGGACCGGAUGCGGAGCCCGCUGGGUGCGGGGGUGAUCCACGGCGUGGUCGCGCCGGGACAGAAGGGUCUGUCCAAGGAGCAGCGGCAGGAACUCAUCCACAAACACACGGUGGAGAGGGUCGCGCCGGGCGGGAAACAUCACCAGAAGGUCACCAAGACCAGGACACACGGCAGCAACGUGCAGGAGCUGAAAGAGUACCUCUCCGGGUCUCCCAAACCGGCAAAAAAGGCUGAUCAGAGGCAGGAGCGGAAGGAAAAGGUGGUCAAGUCACUAAAGGACCCCAAAUCUCUCACGUUGGACCUUUCUCAGGCAAAAAAGACCAAAGUAGUCGCUGCCCCCGCUCCAGUACCCGUUCCCGCUCCCCAACACGAACCACCGCCACCGGAACCAACGAGCAAGCCCCAGCGAGUGGCCAUCGGGAUCUCACCAACCGAAGCCACGGAGGCUACCACCACCGAGGAGGACCAGGGUAAGGAGAAGCAGUGGUACGAAGCGGACGAGUACGUAAAAUCUGCGAAGGCCCAGGAGGACCUGCGGAGGGAGCUGCAGUCGCUGCGGCGGGAACCCGCGGCCAGCCUGGCGCUCGCUAUCGUGGAGAAGAAGGAGGAGAAGAUGCCUGACGGAGCGGAGGCAGAGGACAUCGCCGAGACACCUUCUUCUGCCGACAGCGACUCUGACGACUCGAAGUCUUCGCUAAAGAAGUCCAAAGCGAGAUCCAAUCUCAGUGCCAUUCUCUCCCCCAUCGACGAUAAAGAUGCUCCCCCCGAAGACGAUCUAGAGGAGGACGAUGACAGGCCGAAGAGUAAAGCUGAGCAGCAGGCUGAGCUCCGCGCUAUCCGCCGGCAGCGUCCCAGGACCCCGCCCGGCAGCUGCCUGUCUCCCAUAGAGGACUUCUCCCCGCCCUACGAGCACGCUAAACCCAUCCUCUCCGUCUCCACAACGCCGCCGUACCACUCCAGGCUUCCGCAGGAGAUUCCCAAAAUCAUCGUCACCCAGAGGGUUAGCCCCGAGCAGAGCCCUCCGGAAAAGCUACAGGACGAGUUCAGGGAAGAAAAAGACGCUCAGCCUCCUACUGUAGUAGCCGCGCCUACCGUACAGACGGAAAAGAAACCAGAAAGCGUUACUGAUGCGAAACAGGUUCUCCAGUCAAAGAAACGUGAGAGCGUGGAGAAGGGAAGUAAGGAGCCCGCAGCGCACUUCGUGUUCGAUCGGCCCGAGCGAGACAGCAGCCAGAGGACUAUCAUGGUGAAAUCAAAAUCAGGCGAUUUUCCUCCCAGAUCGGCGGCUGACGUCACGUCAUCUCGCCCCGACAGCCAAUCAGCGAAGCGGGACGGUUCCGCGGCGGUAGAGCCGGCUUCGGUGACGUCUCCUACACAGAUGUCGUCUGCGGCGCACGCCAAGGGUUACAGCAGCGACAGCGAUGCUAGCCGGCCGCCGCGGGUGCGCCGCCGCCUGCCCGACCUGCCGCCCGGCGCCCCGCCCAGCGUGCCCCGGACGGGCCCCGAGAAGCAGCGGGAAAGACAGGCCGCCAUCGAGAGCCUGCAGCAGAAGCGCAAGCAGGAGCGCAUCAAGAUGGAGGCUACGGACCAAGCAAAACCCGCUGAACGCCCUGUUGGUAGAAUGACGGAGCGAUCGACAGAGCGGACAGCCGAGCGGCCAGUUGAGCGGAUAGCCGAACGGACAGCCGAGCGGACAGCCGAGCGGACAGCCGAGCGGACAGCCGAACGGACAGCCGAACGGACAGCCGAGCGGACAGCCGAGCGGACAGCCGAACGGACAGCCGAGCGGACAGCAGCCGACAGAACAACUGACCGUUCAACUGAGCGUAAGAAGAUGAUGGAUCUGGAAAUGGCGCGAAAGCAGGUGGAGAAGGCGCGUCUGCGCGCGAAGCUGCGGGCGGAGGGGAAGCUGCAUCUGGACUCCAUCCUCUCCCCGCCCGACGAUCGGGGCUUCUACUCAGACAGCGAGGUGAGCCGUACCCGGGCCCUCUCUGCCGAGCGGGACGCGGCCGCGGCUGCCUCAUCUGACCAGGAGAAAACCUCAUCAGGCAGCAAAGAGCGCGCUCCCGGGGAGCAUGUGGACAGCUACUCGCUGAAGAGCGGGUGGACCUACACGCCGGCCAACGCGAAGGACGCGGGUGGUAAGGAGGAGAGCAGCCGAGAGGGUCGUGCAGACGGCAGGGAGAGCCGUGCCGGCCGGCUGGCGGGUCGCGCGGCGAGUUUGGACGGCGCCCCGGGUGAGAAUAGCGCCACCGUGCCCGGGAGAAGCCGGCGGGAGAGGAGGGAUCUGCGGGACGACCUCGCGCACGACAGCCGCCGCUCCAGCCGGUCCAGCAGCCCGGAGCUACCCGAAGACGAGUCCUACAAAGCCAUGAUGGAGAAACGCAUCAACUACGAAACCGUCACGGACAUCUCCGAGAUUAUUAAAGAGAUCGAGACGGACGCGAAUCGCUUGUUUGGGCUGGACGAGUUGGACUCAGUAGAACCCUCCAGCACACAGAGAAAGGGAAGCUCAUUCCCAGCCCAAAGAAGAGUGCCAUCUCUCCACGAUCUCCUGGACGACAGCUCCUUUCCGGAGGAGAAGCAGGAGAAAGCCGUCUCAGCCAAGGACUUGGCAGACGAGCUCGAGCAGAGCGAAGAGUUCAAGACCCUCCGUAAACAGCUGAGCGAGACCGGAUCGAAAAUCACUUCCCCUCCAGUAGAUACCCCUAGGCACGCCGUUAGCGUGGAGUCCCUGCGACGGGAGGACAGGAAACCGAAGCCAGCCGUCACAGCUACAGACGCCGGAGGUUUGAAGCACGCGAUGGCCCCGCCGUCCACCACCCCGUCCAUGCCUAAGAAGAAGCACAGGCGGCAGGGAUCAGACCCUCUCAGCAGAUUCUCCCCCAUCAGGGAAACGCCGGGAAACGAGCUGCACUCCAGCAACUCUCACGACGGCUUCGGCAGGCUGUACUCGCUGGGAGACCCGGGCGAGUCGGCCAGGACUCUACUCACGGAGGCGGGGGGCUCCAUGACCCUACCCCGGACCCGAGAGGCCUCCCAGUCCUCCCUGGCCCAGUCUCGUUCCCCGUCCCAGCGCAGCAUCAUUGGGAACGAGACUAUGUCGCAGAUAGAGAAGGCCAUGCACCGCCGGGGCUCCACUUCCGGGGACGACGACGGCAAGAAGUCCAGAAUUAGGUACGAAAUUCUACUGGAAGGGAAGUACAAGCAGGUUGAGUCUGUUGACAAGGAGAGGCUUGUACAGGCCAGCGCGUCUCUGGACAGGGGCGUGUCCAAGUCCGCCUGGCACGUCGGGUCACUAGAGAGCAUCCCUGGCAGGAACUCCGCAGGGCACAUGCGGAGGGGCCCGCGGCAGAUGUACGCGUCCACGAGCCGGCUGUACUCCACGGUACGGAAACCCACAGAUCUGAACAUUCGCGCAGACAGUCUGCCCAGACGCAGCCGCAGCAGGGACUACAAGGACGACAGCCCGGUUUCGCCGGUAGGCCCGCCCGGCUCUGCGCCCAUCGCCAUCCCUCCCCGCAGAAGCCGUCGGGGCGACCUGCCCUCCGGCCCCGCCGCCAUGGCGCACUCCUUCCCCGACCACGAGAUGUUCGGCAGGGGCAGGGGCUACGAUGACAGGCAACCCUUCUCGGACGACGAAAGACGCGGUCUCCCCAUGUGA